UCGCUACCUUGUAGCAUUUGAGUCUGCCAUACAUCUCCUAGCAAAUAGAAUGACUAGUUGCUUCUUUUCUGCAUAUAUGUGCAAGUCUCCAAGGCCAACAUAUAAUCAGUUGGAAUAUUCUGCACCCAUCAUAUAUCUUUCAAGCCUAAAUCGAUGCGGGAGGAGCUGCCGGCUUCGAUGGCUGAACUACCUGCGGCCAGAUAUCAAGAGAGGCAACAUCUCCCAUGAAGAGGAGGACCUCAUCAUCAGACUCCACAAGCUCUUAGGAAACAGGUGGUCUCUGAUAGCUGGAAGGCUCCCGGGCCGAACAGACAACGAAAUCAAGAACUACUGGAACACAGUCCUCAAGAAGAAGGUGCAAGCUCGGUCGGUUCCAUUAACAAACCUGAAGUGUUUGAACCAUGAUGAAAAAGAGAGGAAAUCCAAGAGCAAAACAGAAGUUCAAGCUCCACCAUUUGAGAAUCCAGCAAGGCGCAGUGAGGCUGAACUGAGUUCAAAUCACUAUGGCAACCAAAAUGUUCAUAAAAAUGAAAAGGCGAUCAUGAUCGAUGACUUAGCACCAGAGAGUUCUUCGUUGGCUCCUCAAGAUUAUGACCUAUGGAACUUAUUGGCAGGUUUCAAUACUGACAGUCUGUGUCUUCUUGACUUUGAGUUCGUCGAACUCCUUGGGGACAACAUCCAACAGGACAUAGAAGACUGUAACAAUGGUAAAUUGUGUGCGUUUUUUGAUGAGAAUAUCUUCUGUAGCAGAGGAAUGUUUGAGAAUGGGAUCGGGACCGACCAAAUCCAAUCAUACGGCAGUCUUGAUCUUGGAUCAUUGGCUACUUUCUUCGAAUCCGAAUCAUAAAAUCUUGGGCCAUCAAGCAACAUGCUUUUUAGGCUGUAAGGGCCUUGCACCCCCCAUGGAUGUCUCUGCUUCGACUGUUUCGACGGACUACCCAAGCCUCGGGUUGCAUAUACAUGCUUCUUAAGCGUAUUACAAUCUCUGUGACGGCAAAUAAUGAUGAUCAUGCAAAGUUAGUGACCAUCUCUUCUCAUGCACAGUCCAAGUCCAAAAGAUGGUGGUUAAUUAGGAAAAAGAAGAGAGCUUCUGAUUGAGUGUUGAAAGAUUCAAACGUUGCUCCAAAAUAAUCUUGUAAUAGAACAAAU